CAGUGAAUCCUGCCUGGCAUAUAUAAAAGGGUGCGGCAGCAGGGCACCUACAGGAGCCAACCACGAGGAGACCAGUGCCAAGCAUACAGGUAGGAGGACACAGGGGGAACAAUCUUACCAUUUGGUAGCAGCUGAGCAAAAUACCUGAAGGAAUAAGCCUGGAAGGAGCAUUAUUCAUACUCAGCCGAGUCUGACGGCGGAGGAGAUCCUUGAUUGCUGUGGUUGCACAGCUAACAUGUCCCUUUAACGCCUUGUUGCAGAAUCCUCGCUUCAUCAUGUGCAUCAAAGCUGCCCUCCUAGCAGUGCUGCUGGCCACCUUUUCAGCGUCUCCAGCCAGUCUUCAGCAGAGCCACGUCUGGGACUACUUCAGCCAACUGACUCGUGAUAAGGGCAGCACGGAGCAAGCCCAGCAGCUGAAAGGAGGGCAGGGGGUGAAAAACGUGAAGGAAAGUCUCCAAGAUGGAGCCAACUACGUGGGAAACGUCCUUGAGAAGUUGACCCCAGGACAAAGGAGAUUCCGACCCCAGUUCUACCAAGACGCCGAUGGACUUCGGCAGAUCAUCCAGAGGGAGGUCGAAAGCCUCCGGAGGAAACUUUCUCCUUAUAUGGAUGAGGCGCACCAAAAAAUCAGCCAGAACAUAGAAGUUCUCCGUCUCCGCCUGACUCCCCUCACAGAGCAGCUGAUGGAACAGGUUUCGCUAUGCGCAAGAGAAUUGCACCAGCAUUUCAGGCCCAACCUCAACGCAGAGGCUCCGUUGGUGGAAACUCCAGGUGCGUUCCAGAAGUUUACAGCCUCUUUUGCUGAAAAGGCAGCUACCUUUAUUGACCAGGUGAAGGAGAUCUUCCACCCAUAUGCUGACAGGUUGGCAACUGAGAUCCACCGUACCAUGGAAGAACUCCACAAAAACACAACACCUCACACUGCAGUUAUGGGCCAGCGACUCAGUCAAUAUCUACAAGAAUUCUCUGGCAAGCUCACCCACAAUGCGAGGGUUCUGCACCUCCAGAUUGAAAGGAACCUGGAGCAACUAAAGGUGCAGCUGAGCCUCCACCCCAGCACUUGGGUUGCACAUCCUUCCCACAGAAGCCAAGAAAACCACCAGCUGUCUGUGGACUCCUACCUGGAAAACAUGGCUCAGGAGGUUCAGGAGAGAAUUGAGGAGUUCAGGAGAGGUACAAUCCUUCAGAUAGACAACUUCACAAGGACCACUGACAGGGAGAUGGAAGAAAUGAAGUCCAAGCUCUCUCCCACACCCUCAUACUUGGAAGAGUUCCAGGAAAACUCCACGCCACUGGAAGACUUGCAUGCCAAACUAGACUCCCUGUGGAAGGAUAUUUUCCAGAGUCUCAAUGAGCCAAGCACCAGCUUAUAUUGAAGGCAAAUUA